AAAACUUGCAUUUGAAAAGAUGAGAAGUUCAACAGAGCAUUGUACCUCCUCCUCGUGUUAGCCAGAACAUCUCCUGUACACCGAUGGCUGAGCGGCUGAGUGGGUUCUCUGAGAUUAACAAAGAUGAGCUGAGAUGAAUCUCUCCUCAACCAUUUGGAAAUGCAUUAUUACACUUCUCCUACUUUUUUCCAUCAAGUGGUGCCCUCUGCUCCUGGCUGGCUGCCAUCACUUCAUCGCCCAUGGCUACCUGACAGUCAAGCCAGCCCCACCCAUCCUCAUGGGUUCAAACCUGACAGUGUACUGCCACAUCAGUGAAUGUAAAGAGGGGACCAGAAUAUCCCUGGAGGUGAAUGGUGAGACUGUGGAUCCUGGGAAGAGAGUAAAUUGCACUACAAUGAUAUUCAACCUGUCCAGUGUCAAGAUGCCGCUAUCUGCUGUGCUGUGCAAGCAGAAUCAUCAGAUCGUCAAUGGACUGGACCUACGUAGUGGGCUCCCUCCAGAUAAACCCGAAAAUAUUAUAUGUGAAACAGCAAAGAAGUCUGACUUAGUAAACUGCAUGUGGGAGAGAGGACAGGAAACACAUCUCUCUACUACCUACAACGUUUCACUCAACAGAGAAAAUGGGACCCACAUUCAUUUAGAUCGUAUCCAGGAUGCUAAAGAAAUCUCCAUACCACGAGCAAUGUUAGCUGAUAACACUAAAUACCAGUUGAUCAUCACUGCUUACAACCUCUUGGGAGCAUCACAGUCUGAUCCAUUUACUCUCUGCAUAAAGGAUAUAGUUAUACCAGAGACCCCUCAUAUUAUGCAGAUACAGUUUGGGAAUAAUUCCAUAGCAGCUAUGUUGCAGUGGAAAACUGAGUCCUUCCAGCAUCUCAAGUCCUGCGUCAGGCUCCGCAAAGAUAACGGCUCCUGGGAAGUGAGGGAGGGAACAGAGCUCAGUGAGGGUUUGAUACAAGUGGAUGGCCUGGAGCCUCUGACAGAAUAUGAGUUCCAGAUGAGAACAUGUAAGUCAACAUCAGGACUGACACAUACCAGCACAUCCAGGUCGACCUCCAGCAGAAGGUCACUCUGCAGCAAAUGGAGCCCAUCUGAGAGCAUGAGAAGUCCCGGAAGAGGCCCAUCUCAGCAGCUGCAUGUGUGGAGGAUAUUAGGCAAUCAGACGACAAAUGCACAAAUGUUGACUGUUUUGUGGAAGCCUCCACCUCCGGAGGAUUACAGCGGCAAGGUGCAACAGUACAAGAUCUUCCUGGGUCAGAAACAGGAAGAGCCCUGCUCUGCUUCUCUGAGCCGGUACUCAGUUAGGGUGCCAUCAGAGGUUCAAGCACUGAGUGUCAGUGUUGUCACCUUGUAUGGAGCCUCUCCACCAGCUGAUGUGCCAUUCAGACACUCAGGUGUGCUUGGACCUGCUCUAAGAGAGCUGGCUCCUGCAGCUAACGGCAGUGCUGUGCUUGUCUCCUGGUCGAAGACUGAACACUGGUCAACAUCUGGAGGAGAGCUGUUGUACUAUGUGAUAGAAUGGACGAGUGUACCUAUGGCAGAGCUGCAGUGGCAAAAACUGGACAAAGAUCAAAAAAGCACCUCUAUCACAGGUCUGACUGCGGGUGUGCGGUACAAUAUCUCUCUAUAUGCUGUGACCAGCAGAGGUGUUAGUGCUCCAUCAUCCAGCCUCGUCUACUCCAAAGAACAGAAGCCAGUGUCUGGUCCCCACAUGUCAGUGCUGGUCCAUGAGAACGGGCGGAUCCUGAUCCAGUGGGACGAGCUGGCUGUAGAUCAGCGGAGAGGCUUCAUCACAAACUACACCAUCUAUAUCAAGACGCUGCACUUCAGCAACACAGAACUCAGAGAGACAGUUUCUGCCCUCGGCCCCAGACAGUUAUGGCUCAACUGUUCUGAAGGAGCUCUGGGUCUCCAGCUGACUGCAUCCACCUCAGCAGGAGAAGGACCGCGGGGGAAUUUGAUCUUCUCUCAGCCUGCAGCCCCUGCAGUUGGCACAGUGAUUGUGAUUGUUUUCAUCAUUGCCUUCUUCAUAGCGAUCAUAGCCAACCUGAUGUGCUGGAGCUGUGUGAGAGAAAGGAUUAAACAGAGAUGCAUAUCUUGGGGACCUUCCUGGCUUGUUGAAAACUUGCCAAAGCCGGGACACAGUAAUGCCAUCAGACUGCUGGAGCAGGGCGGAAGUGAACCAUCAUUCUCAUCCACCCAAAUUGACCCUCCGCUGUCCCCCAUCAGUCUGGUCUCCCAGGAGGACAGGGAGGAUGUGUACCCCAUUGUCCAAGUCGAAGCAUCCCAGGUUGGAUCAGCAACCCAACGACCUACAGUGGAGACGCCUUUACUGGAGACCAAUCCCAAGUCUGCUGACAGCCAGCUGGAACAUGUCUGCUACAAACCGCAGACUGCUGCAUCUGCUCCACAAGAAGAGGAGGUGAAGGAGGCCGAAGAGGAGCAGAGGGACAUGCCAGCAUGCAGGGAGGAAGACAGGUGUUUAAAUGUAUUCGGAGAACUAUUUGGAGGCUUGCUGUCCGGUGUGGAGGUGGAUUUUUCCGAUUCACCUCGUGGGCUGACUCUCGGCUCUGUUAAUCAUCUUUUGUGGCCUAAACCUCCUGAAACAGCAAAUGUUCUGAAUAAAGGCUUCUUACUUGGGAGGAGGGGGGCUGAGAGUAAUGUGGAAGUGGAUUCCCCCUCUGUGGAUUUACAACAGGCUGAAAGAAUGACUCCUGACCAGGUGGACACUUGUUUGUCUCAGUAUACAAUUGAGACAGCACUGACUGGUGAUUACUUCCCUCAGGUUUCUGCUGUCAGAAUCAAUACAACCUGCGACACACAGAGGUAGUGGGGACACAAACAGGACAAUCUGCACUACUAACUUGACUUUUAAGAAAGCAUUAUCUCAACAUCACUUCACCUCAAGUGAUGACGUCUUUGUGUGUGUGAUCAGAGAAAAUCCUACUUCAGGUGAUCUGUAACUGCAAUCAGCACUGUUAAAAAACAAGUUAUUAAAUGAAUUAAAAAAUGUAAUGAGUUUGAUUUAAGCAUGUAGAAAUUCCUUACUAUAAUAACUUUGUUGUGACACCACUCUCUAUUAAGACUUAAUUAACUAAUGGUUUUGUCAGUGUUUAAUUAAUUAUUUAUUGAUGCUUUAAAGAUCAGUAAUAAGUCAUUCAUGAGGACGGCAUUUGGGUUGCUGUGUUGUGAAAAAUCCCUUUGGCUGGUCUAUACUGUAUCCUCCUGCAGCUGAACUUUCUUUGUUUUUCUAUUGAGCUCUUUAAUACACCAAGAGUCUUCUUGGUGUAUUAAUGGAUACACUUCUGGAAAAGACCUGUUUCAAUGUUCAUAUAAGCACCUGACUAUUGUUCUAAGACAGACUUGAAAUAACGUGAAGCUAUCCUUUAAUAAAGUACCAGUUUCUUACUUUGUAAUAAGCCAUCAGGUUUGUGGUUACAAAUGUUAAUAAUUCAUUACUUAUGUUUUUCCACCACAAUAAUUCAUCAAGUCUGCAGAUAUAACUGUUAAUUUAGAUUGUUGAUACAUGGAUUUUUAUAUAGGGUAAGUGGUCAAACCAUCUAUUGGGGGGGGUCUUCCUGAUUAAUCCAAGAGCUAAAAAAACAGACUAAGCUAGUGUCAAGAUAUGCCAACUAGGCCUGCAACUAACAACUGUUUUUAUUAUUGAUUGAUCUGUUGAUUAUUUUAUCGAUUUGUUGUCAGAAAAUUGUAAAAAAACUUUGCUUUGUUUCCCAAAGCCCAAGAUGAUGUCCUCAGACGUUGUCUUUGGUCCCGAUCAACAGCCCUCAAACCAAAGAUAUUCAGUUUAUUAUCAUAGAAUAGAAGCUGGAAUCAGAUAAUUUGGACAGUUUUUCUUUAAAAAAUGACUUAAAAUAAUAAAUUGAUUCUCUAGAUUGUUGGGAAUAAAUUUUCUGUUCACUGACUUAUCGAUUAAUCAACUAAUCGUUGCAGCUCUUUACCAACCAAAACUAAUAACUGGCUUAUUACUGAUAGGUCAUUAAUUCAUUAUUUAUUAACCAUUGAUAAAGCCAGCUACAACUUAUACACCUUAUACUUAUUAAGUAUGUCUUAUGAAUAGAAAAUGGUACCUUUACUGUAUGUUGAACCAUCUGAAGUGAAUGUACAUUCAAAGUGAAAAAGUACAUCUCAUAAUUUACAUGCCAGUAUUGGGUCAAAAUAUAGGUUCUGUAUUAACAACUGAGAUGUGCCUCUGCUUUUUAAAUACUAGGGUGUGACCUCUGUAUGUUUCUAAAGUCAGCCAUCCUGUUUUGUGAGCAUGUGAAA